CAAUAACGAAGUGCAAGUGUUUGUGCCCCUCGACAACGACAGUAUUCCACAAAACACCAGACAUUUUCGCCGAACCCACGAUACCUUUCGAUCAUAAUGUCUGCUGCCCAGCUUCUAAAUCCCAAGGCAGAAUCCCGGCGGCGGGGUGAAGCUCUCCGAGUCAACAUCAGUGCUGGUGAAGGUUUACAAGAUGUUCUCAAGUCCAACCUGGGUCCUCUUGGAACCAUUAAGAUGCUUGUCGAUGGCUCUGGACAGAUCAAAUUGACGAAGGAUGGAAACGUCCUAUUGCGAGAGAUGCAAAUACAGAACCCUACCGCCGUCAUGAUCGCACGAGCUGCCACAGCACAGGAUGAUAUCUGCGGAGAUGGCACAACAUCAGUCGUCUUGCUAGUAGGAGAACUUCUAAAGCAGGCCGAUAGGUACAUCUCAGAGGGGCUGCACCCUCGUAUCAUAACGGAAGGAUUCGAGAUUGCGAAGGUCGAAUCUUUAAAGUUCUUGGACUCCUUCAAAUUACCGAAAGAGGUAGACAGGGAACUCCUCUUGUCCGUCGCCCGAACGUCGCUAUCUACUAAGCUCAACUCGACCCUUGCCCAGAAGUUGACCCCCGAUAUCGUCGACGCCGUCCUAGCUAUCUACCAAGCUCCCGCGAAACCUGACCUACACAUGGUGGAGAUCAUGAAGAUGCAGCACCGCACCGCCUCAGAUACCCAACUUAUCCGCGGUUUGGCCCUAGACCACGGCGCCCGACACCCGGAUAUGCCCAAGAGACUAGAAAAUGCCUUCAUUCUGACUAUGAACGUUAGUCUGGAGUACGAGAAGUCCGAAAUUAACUCGAGCUUCUUCUACUCUAGCGCCGAUCAACGCGAGAAGCUAGUGGAGAGCGAGCGCCGCUUCGUCGAUGCUAAACUGAAGAAGAUUGUGGAUCUCAAGAAGGAAGUUUGCGGGAACGACCCCAAGAAGAGCUUUGUUGUUGUCAACCAAAAGGGUAUCGACCCGCUUUCCCUCGAUGUGUUGGCCAAGAACGGUAUCUUUGCUCUGCGAAGAGCGAAGAGGAGAAACAUGGAGAGACUACAGCUCAUCUGUGGUGGUACCGCGCAAAACAGUGUGGAGGACCUAUCUCCAGAUGUACUUGGUUGGGCUGGUUUGGUGUAUGAGCAACAAUUGGGUGAGGAGAAGUACACCUUCAUCGAGGAUGUAAAGGAUCCCAAAUCCGUCACUCUGAUGAUCAAGGGCCCGAAUGCCCACACGAUUACCCAGAUCACGGACGCCGUUCGAGAUGGUCUACGAAGUGUGUACAACAUGAUUGUAGACAAGAGCGUCGUUCCUGGAGGUGGUGCUUACCAAGUUGCUUGUGCGGCCCAUCUUAAGAGCGAUGCUUUCAAGAAGACAGUCAAGGGCAAGGCUAAGUGGGGCGUCGACGCAUUCGCCGAUGCGCUUUUGAUUAUCCCCAAGACUCUGGCCGCGAAUGCUGGCCAUGAUAUCCAGGACGCACUUGCUUCGCUACAAGAUGAACAGGCAGAGGGCAAUGUUGUAGGCCUGGACCUGAUCUCUGGCCAACCCAUGGACCCUACGUUGGAGGGUGUGUAUGACUCAUUCCGAGUGCUAAGGAACUGUGUUGCAUCUUCGUCGAGUAUUGCCUCGAAUCUCUUGCUCUGCGAUGAGAUGCUUAAGGCGCGCCAAAUGGGACGACAAGGUGGCCCGGGACCCGGCAUGGACGGUCCUGAAGAGUAAAGAAAAAGGAGUGAAUGUGAACACGGCUAGCUGAUACCACUGUACGUUAGACGCAUACAAGAGCGUUGUUAAUAGACGUGGAUGGAAUGAUCCGUGAAUCAAUCAGUCCACGGGAUCGUUUUUGAGUCAUUGCUUACGUAACGUGAUUGAUAUUGUAUGGCUUCAGCUGAUGUAAGCA